AUGAGUGGCGGAGGGUUGGAGACACCGGUGGGUUGUGAGGCCCCCUCGGGUGGCGGCGUCAAGAAGAGGGACUCCUUGGGAACUGCAGGCUCGCCAGCGCACCUCAUUAUCAAGGAUCUUGGAGAAAUUCAUUCAAGGCUUUUAGAUCACAGACCAGUUAUUCAAGGUGAAACCCGUUAUUUUGUGAAAGAAUUUGAAGAAAAACGUGGUCUUCGGGAAAUGAGGGUUCUUGAAAAUUUGAAGAAUAUGAUCCAUGAAACAAAUGAACAUACUGUUCCCAAAUGUAGAGAGACAAUGCAGGACAACUUAAAUCAAGUUCUCCAGAGAUUGCAAGCAGCUAAUCACUCAGUCUGUAGACUCCAGCAGAGGGAACAAGAACAAAAAAAGAUUCAUAAUGACCAUUUACUAGCCAGUGAAAACCAGCAUAUAACUCAGUGGGAGGAUUUCAUGAGAGAACAACGUAACAAGCAGGCUGAAGUGGACGAAGAGCACAGAAAAGCCAUGGAGAGGCUGAAAGCACAGUAUGCUGAGAUGGAGAAGGACCUAGCAAAAUUUUCAACCUUUUAA